AUGGUAGAGCAUGGUGGAGGCGGAGGUGUAAGUGGAGGAAUAGGGGUCCUUAUUAGAGGUGAUGGAGAUGGAGACGGAUAUAUAGGUGGAGAUAAGGAUGGAGAUGGAGAUGGUCCAUCGAUAGGUGUAGUCAAUGGUGGUGAUGGAGAUGGAGAUGGUCCAUCGGUAGGUGCAAUCAAUGAUGGUGAUGGCAAUGGAGAUGGAGAUGGUCCAUCAGUAGGUGCAAUUAAUGGUGGUGAUGGAAAUGGAGAUGGAGAUGGAGAUGGUCCAUUGAUAGGUGCAAUCAAUGGUGGUGAUGGCAACAGAGAUGGAGUUGGAGAUGGUUCAUCGAAAGGUGUAGUUAAUGGUGGUGAUGGCAACGGAGAUGGAGAUGGAGAUGGUCUAUCGGUAGGUGAAAUCAAUGGUGGUAAUGGCAACGGAGAUGGAGAUGGUCCAUCGGUAGGUUCAAUCGAUGGUGGUGAUGGAAACAGAGAUGGAGAUGGAGAUGGUCCAUCGGUAGGUUCAAUUAAUGGUGGUGAUGGCAAUGGAGAUGGAGAUGGUCCAUCGGUAGGUGCAAUCAAUGGUGGUGAUGGUAGCAGAGAUGGAGAUGGAGAUGGUCCAUCGGUAGGUGCAAUUAAUGGUGGUGAUGGCAAUGGAGAUGGAGGUGGAGAUAGUCCAUCGGUAGGUUUAAUCAAUGGUGGUGAUGGCAAUGGAGAUGGUCUAUCGGUAGGUGCAAUCAAUGGUGGUGAUGGCAACGGAGAUGGAGGUGGUCCAUCGGUAGGUACAAUCAAUGGUGGUGAUGGAAAUGGAGAUGGAGAUGGUUCAUCGACAGGUGUAGUCAAUGGGGGUGAUGGUAAUGGAGAUGGAGGUGGUGGUGGAGGAGGAGAAUGGAUUGGUGGUGGUGGAGGAUUAUGGUAA